AAACUUGCUAUCUACGGACUUAAAGACGCAACACUACAAUGGUUCAGAUCCUACCUGACAAAACGGAAACAACUCGUCUCAAUUGGCCACUCAACCUCAGAUCUCUUACCAAUUCGCAGUGGCGUCCCGCAAGGUUCAUCUCUUGGGCCUCUCCUCUUCAUCCUAUUUAUCAAUGACAUCCCUUAUGCAAAUACUCAACGCAAUUCUUAUAUCUAUGUUGAUGACACUACUUUAGCCAAUUCUGGACCAACAAUCAAUACGGUACGAUCACACUUGCAAUCUGGAGCUGACAACCUCGCCACCUGGGCAUCUGAGAAUAGAAUGGCAAUACAUCCUGACAAGACCAAAGUUAUUCUAUUUGGAACGAAGAGAAAACUCGCGACCACAUCCGAGCCUCUUAACAUCUCCAUUUGUGGCACCAUCCUAUCCCAAUCAUCUUCUGGAAAACUUCUUGGAAUACACAUGGAUGAUUGCCUAACUUGGAAUGAACACAUCUCUGCUGUUAUAAAGAAAUUCAACACCAAACUAGAACUAUUUAAACGUGCUAAACCCUACUUAACACCUGAACUUUUACUUGUCUUAUACAACAGUUUGGCCAAGCCAACUCUAGAAUAUUGCUGCAGUGUGUGGGGUAACUGUUCUGGAGAUGCGCUUAGUCAAUUAACCAACGCCCAAAAAAGAGCUGCAAGAAUUCUC